AUGGAUCUGCACAGACAAAGAGGAAAAAAAAUCACCAGACAUCUCACCGACAACCACCUCUCCGACUUCCUGAAGCGGUGCCGCGCCGGCCUGCGGCCCAACGGCAUCGUGGUCAUCAAGGACAACAUGGCACAGGAGGGCGUGAUCAUGGACGAUGUGGACAGCAGCGUCUGCCGGGACCUGGAUGUCGUCCGUAAGAUCAUCCGCCGAGCUGGGCUGCACCUCCUGGCUGAGGAACGUCAGGAGAACUUCCCUGAUGAGAUCUACCACGUCUACACCUUCGCCAUGAGAUGAGGGCAGCUGGAGAAGGUCUCUCCGGGGCCAGCUCGGAGCAUGGGCCAGCACGGUGGUUCCUGCCGGGGCAGGGAGGGGUGAGGACCAUGCCUUCACUGUGGGGUGGCAGACAGCGGCGAGGGUGUCACAACUCCCACUCUCCGGGGCUGGUGACAAGGAUGGGGCUUUGUCUUCCAAGUCGCUGCUGUUUGUGAAAAAGAGGUGUUUGCCAAAUACAUUUUCCUGCUGUUGCACUCCUGCA